CGUUAAACCUGCGGCUUGGGAGCCAGGACUUGUGGGUUCUUUUUCCGACUCUGCCACUGAUCAGCUACAUAGCUUUGCCUUUUUGCUGUUCUAGGCCUCCAUUUCCUUGCAUCUGAAGUGGGGAUGAUAAUGGAGCUGGCUAGGUUAGAUUUUUGGGUUAAAGUGGCCAUAGGAGAGUGAACUGUCUCAUCAAAGGGCCCCCUGGGUGGGUGGGGAAGGCAGCUCGAGGAGGUCUUUGGGGGGUUCUGAGGGGAGGGGUUCAGAAGUGUGGGGAGGAGCUAUUAUAAACAUCCUUUGGCUGUACCAGGGCCCAUAUUGCUCUGCAUUCCAGCUUCCAGUCUUAGAUCAUAACUCCCUUCUGUCAGGGAAUGGCUGCUUUCCAAAAUUCAGAGCAGCACCUGAGCUUUCUCUUGGAGGCUUGUUCUAGGGUUUCGUGCUGCAGCCCAUCACCCUAGUAUCUGCGCACCUCUGAACAGCUCCUUUGCUCUCUGCUACCUUGUCUUAUUUCUGAACCUUCCCAUCUCAAUAUUUGUCUUAGGAGGCUUAGAAUAGGUCUCCGGUGCCAGAUUGUGAAAUAAUUUGUAAUUUGAGUUUACUUUGUCUUUUGAGUCCUUAAUUUUUUAAUUUAUUUUUGCUGGUAGACAAGUUGGUUGGAAACUCUAAUAUCAUACAGGAGCUAGGGAUCCCUGUCUCCCAUCCCUUCCUGCUCUAAUCCACUAUACCCCACUCCCCUUCCAGACCUGGGGAUAGGACCCAACAUGUUUGUCCUCUUACAGGGUAGGGUACCACCCUUUGUAUGUUCUGGAUGCAUUCUGUGUAAUACACACCAUAACCCCCUCCCCUUUAACCCUUUAUUCCUGUGACACUUAACCCCUAUUUUCUUUGUUUGCUUCCCAGUUCUUUGAGGUCCCACUCUGCAUUAUGGACUAAGCAUCUGCUCUGUUGCGUCAAAAAGAAGCAUACUGCAUUUACAGAUACACGUCGUCUUUUAUCGCUGUCAAGAGUGCAAAACACAUCAUCCAUCACAGUUUAAAUGAGUCAUAAUGGAUCAGGAAAGUGGGGGUGACACACAGAAAGCCCCCAACUUCCAGUGGAGAAGCUACAAGCUCGUCAUUGACCCAGCGCUGCGGCGGGCCCCGCAGAAAAUCUACCGCUAUGAUGGAGUCCACUUCAGCGCCCCUGAUUCAGGGUAUCCCCCUGUGGGUGAUGUGCGAGACCCCAGGCCACGCAGGAUCUGGUCCAAGCACAGAGACCUGUCGCUUCCUGUUCCCAAGUUCAAGCUGGACGAGUUCUACAUCGGGCAGAUCCCAUUGAAGGAGGUGACCUUCGCCCGGCUGAACGACAACAUCAAGGAGCCCUUCCUGGCCGAGAUGUGCAAGAAGUACGGGGAAAUCGAGGAGAUUGAGAUCCUCUACAACCCCAAGAACCGCAAGCAUCUGGGCCUGGCCAAAGUGCUUUUCACCAGCACCCGGGGAGCCAAGGAGACUGUCAAGAACCUGCAUAACACCUCGGUCAUGGGCAACAUCAUCCACGCUCAGCUGGACAUCAAAGGACAGCAGCGGAUGAAGUACUACGAGCUGAUCGUCAACGGCUCCUACACCCCUCAGACUGUUCCCACCGGGGGCAAAUCCCUGAGCGAGAAAUUCCCAGCGCCCGUGACCCAGGCUGAGACGUCUGAGUCCCGACGGCGCCAGUCCACUGACUCCUCCUACUCGGCCAGCACUGUGGGUUCGACGCCUGGCAAUGGGACCCCUUGCUCUCAGGACACCCCGUACUCCAGCGGGCGCCAGGACACCCCCUCGUUCUAUGGUCAGUUUACCCCCCAGUCGUCCCAGGGGACCCCGCACACCCCUCGAGGAGGAACACCGUAUUCCCAAGACUCGGCCUACUCCAGCAGGCAAGGCACGCCCAGCUACUCCAGCUACCAUCCCGAGCCAACCUCCUACAAGUCCCGCAGGCAUGAGAACAGCUACACCGAGUCCUACUCCCGCCGGCACUACUCUUCCUCCUCCUCGUCCUCUUCCUCCGCCGCCGCCGCCACCUCCUCCUCUUCCUCGCAUUACCGCUCCAGCGACCCCCACUACUCCCCCUACAACCAGCAGUACGAGGGGGCAGGCAGUCGCCACCAGCGCCGAGAGCAAGGAAGACACAGCCCCGGGCAGCAAGGGGAGCCCUUUGCAGCUCCUGGUGCCGUCUUCCCUCCCUUCCCAGCCCCCCCGGAGCCCUUCCCGCUGCCCCCAGAGCCACACCCCUGUGAUCAGGAUUACCGCCUGCUGCCCACGGCCGAGACCUUUGCUGCCAACUCCCUGCCCCCCACGGAAUUCCUGGCUCAGGAGAGCAAGGAAGAGCCCAGCCCCACAGUGGUUGGCGCUGAAGAUCAGGCCCAGUCGCCAGCCCCCCAGGCCUCGCCAGCUCGUUUGGGCUCCCCGGCGCCGGAGACCACCAACGAAAGCGUCCCGUUUGCCCAGCACAGCAGCCUGGACUCGCGCAUUGAGAUGCUGUUGAAGGAGCAAAGGUCCAAGUUCUCCUUCCUCAAUUCCGACACCGAAGAGGAGGAGGAGGAAGGGGGCAGGGCAGGGACCAAGGGGGCAGAGCCACAUGGGCCCUGCACUCCACCCCCACCCUUGCCCGUCAGCUUUGAGGAUGUGGUGCCAGCUUCCGACGCUGGGGGAGAAUCACCCAAGGCCAAUGGGCAGGACAGGGCCUCCCAGCAGUCAUCCGGAGAGGACAUGGAGAUCUCGGAGGAGGAGGCAGAGGAUGAGCCCGCGGGGUCGGCGACGGCGGAUCCACACUUCCCGGUGCUGCCUGCGGGCCUUGGCCACCUCCCGCUGGGUGUCUCGGCCUUCGCUCGCCCGCCGGAGCCACCCCCUGCCUACCCUCUGCAGCCCCUCAUGUCAGUCUCCCUGCCCCACCUGACGGGCGAGGCUGACUACUCGCAGGCCCCACCGCCCCACCAUCUGCAGGCGCCAGGCCUCCCAGACUACGGGGUGCAGGCUGGCACAGCAGGCACAGGGCCCGGGACAGCUGCUCCCCCCCACAUCUAUGACUUUGUCAACUCCCUGGAGCUGAUGAAUCGGCUGGGCAACCAGUGGGGCGGGAUGCCCAUGUCCUUCCAGAUGCAGACCCAGAUGCUGAGCCGGCUGCACCAGCUGCGCCAGGGCAAGGGGCAGUUCGAAGAGCCCUUCCCCUACCACCAGGAGGCAGCGGCGUUUGCCAGCCACCCAGUCUACGGGCACUACCUGCUGGACCAGGACAGCCGCCACUACCCGAGAGAUCAGCUCUUCAUGCAGCCACCGGCCAAUGCUGAGGAGCCCCCGCCUGGCUCGGAGCAGCCCCCGCCGCCCCCCUCGCAGCCCCAGCGGCUGCUGGAAUUCCGGGCAGCAGGGUGGGGCUACCAGGAGGAGGCGCCCUGCGACCCACACGCCUCCACCGUGGACAGCGUCCUGGCCACCCUAACACAGGAGAUGAAGAGCAUCAUGCAGCGUGAUCUCAACCGCAAGAUGGUGGAGAACGUGGCCUUCAGCACCUUCGACAAGUGGUGGGAGCGCAAGGAGCAGAAGGCCAAGCCCUUCCAGAACGCAGCCAAGCAACAGGCCAAGGAGGAGGAGAAGGAGAAAACCAAACUCAAAGAUCCAGCCCUGCUGUCCUUGGUCGACUGCAGCCUUGAGGGCUUCAGCUUCGGCACCGGCCUCCGGGGGGCACUCAGGCUCCCGUCCUUCAAGGUGAAAAGGAAAGAGCCGUCUGAGAUCUCCGAGAGCAGUGAAGAGCCGCGGCCCCGCCCUUCCACUCCCGCGGAGGAGGAUGACAAGGAGGCUGCUCAAGGACCAAAAGGAGCCAAGCGGGACGAAGAGUGGAUCAGGGGGCCAGGCAAGCGCCGGAAGCUCUUCUGCUUGGACAGUGAAGGGGAGGAGACCUCCGAAGAGUCGUCCUCAGAGAAGGAGGAGGAAGAGGAUGAACAGGAAGAGGACGAGGAGGAGGAAGAGCAGCGGCAGGAGGGGGAUGCAGCACACAGCGACAAAGAGGAUUCAGAAGCAGCAGAGAGUGAGGACUCUUCUAAGUACUCCCUGUACGAGGAGUCGGAUGAUGACAGCGACAGCGCUUCCGACUCUGAGAGCAGCUCGUCAUCCUCCUCGUCCUCGUCCUCCGACGAAGCCGAGAGCGUGGAGGGGUCGGCAGAGGACAGCAUGGACGAGUCCACCAUGGACAGCUGCCCCACGGCGCCAGCAGGGAAGGGGAGCAAAACGGAGUCCUCGGUGGGCACGGAACUGGAGAAGGUGAAAGAGGCCACGCUAGAGCCCGCCAUGGAGCAGAAGGCCGGCCCCCCGGAGGAACGUGAGGCUGAGCCAGCGCCCCGCCCCUCCUCUCCCAUCCCCCUCCUGCCGCCCCCCAAGAAGCGCCGGAAAACGGUCUCCUUCUCAGCGCCCGGCGAGGAGGAGGUGGCUAAGGUGGGCGUGCUGCUGGCCCUGGCUGGGGAGGACCGGGCCAGGAGGAAGCACCACCGGGACCAAGAGGAGGCAUCGGACUCGCCAGCUUCGGAGCCCUGCCUCUCGGAGAGCGAGGAGGAGGAGAGCGAGGACGCGGACGCUGGGGAGACGCGCCGGCGGACGCUGCGCUCCCACUCGCACAAGCCCUGGCCCCAGCCCCUCCCCUCUUUCGAGACACGCAGCGAGUUCGAGCAGAUGACCAUCCUCUACGACAUCUGGAACUCGGGCCUGGACGUGGAGGACAUGCACUACCUGAAACUCACCUACGAGCGCCUGCUGCAGGAGGACAACAGCACCGACUGGCUCAACGACACCCACUGGGUGCACCACACCAUCACCAACAUUGCCAACCCCAAGCGGAAGCGGAAGUCGUCAGACCUGCGGGAGCACCAGACUGGCUGUGCCCGCAGCGAAGGCUACUACCCCAUCAGCAAGAAGGAGAAGGACAAAUACCUCGACGUGUGCCCUGUGACGGCACAGGCGCUGGAGGUGGUGGACACGCAGGGCACCAACCGCAUCCUCUCCGAGCGGAGAUCGGAGCAGCGGCGCUUGCUCAGUGCCAUUGGCUCCUCUGCUAUCCUGGACAGCGACCUGCUGAAGCUCAAUCAGCUGAAGUUCCGUAAGAAGAAGCUGCGCUUUGGCCGGAGCCGUAUCCACGAGUGGGGCCUGUUUGCCAUGGAGCCCAUUGCCGCUGAUGAGAUGGUGAUUGAGUAUGUGGGGCAGAACAUCCGGCAGGUGGUAGCUGACAUGCGGGAGAAGCGCUAUGUGCAGGAGGGCAUCGGCAGCAGCUACCUGUUCCGCGUCGACCACGACACCAUCAUCGACGCCACCAAAUGCGGCAACCUGGCCCGCUUCAUCAACCACUGCUGCACGCCCAACUGUUACGCCAAAGUGAUCACCAUCGAGGCGCAGAAGAAGAUUGUCAUCUAUUCCAAGCAGCCCAUCGGCGUCAACGAGGAGAUCACCUACGACUACAAGUUCCCCAUCGAGGAGAACAAGAUUCCCUGCCUAUGCGGCACGGAGAGCUGCCGCGGCACCCUGAACUGAGCGCCGUGUUUCUUGUCUUCCCUGCCCAGCUCCAUGGGGCCUGUGGCCAGUCGGGCUCCGCCGGGAUCCGCCCCCCCGGGGGAAGCCAGGUCCGGAUUCAGGGUGCCUUUAGUGAGCCCCCUCUAGAGCCAGUGUUAGUGGCACUUUGCCAUGAGCUGAGUUUGAAGCAGCUUUGCCCAGGCAAGACUCGCUCCUGCCCCAUCCACGACUCCCUGCUUAGGACCAGGCCACGUGACCCAAAUCCCCAGGAUGCAUUGGGUGCAGCAGAGCAGAGUGCAUGCUGGGAACAGAGCGGCCCUCUGUCCAGCAGUGGGGAGUUCCUCUUUGCGUUUGUUCCCUGCCUCUGAAGAGCAAUUCAGGUCCCUGCCUCCAGGGCCUCUCCGGCUUGAUGGCCGCCUGUCAGCACUCAGUGUCAGGGGAAGGGAAGUGCCGCGUCUCGCCUUUGGUGUGACCAUAGUAGGCAGACAGCUGAAAGGGCCAGCAAUGUAUCUGAUCACCCUAAGGCGGCAGAGUCCAAGGCUUCCGGCCUGAAGCAGCCUCAUGCCCUGCAUCUGUUCUUGCUGCUCUCCCCAUCCCUCCCCACACACCUGCCCUAGAUAGCUCCCGAGCGCCCUCUACGCAGGAGGAGCAUCUGUUUAGCAUGGUUGGGUUUUUACUGCUCUGUUCUCCCGCAACAGGUGUCACACCUGAUUCACUCCACUGUGAACACAGCCUCCACCCUUUGAUUGCAGUGCCUGGCAAAUUCCCACACCCCUUUAGCAUUAAAGCCCUGGUAUUUCUGUCCCCUCUUGGGGGAGAGAAAUCUUUUCUUGUGGACAGAACAAAACAAUACCCAGCCCCCUCAUCAAUCUAACAAAAGCAAUCAGAGCACUUCAUCUCCGUAUCCUGCUGCCAAUCAGUGUGUGCCCCCCACCCCUCCAUAUUAAAAAAUAAAAACACCGAUAAUAAUAAAGGGGCUGGAUUCUCCUCUCGCUCACCCCGGUGUCGCUCGGGCAGAGCGUAUCUCUAGUGUAAGCCGAGACCAGAAUCAAAACCCCUGUUAAUUUUUCUUUAGGAGAAGAAAGUUGUGUAUAUAUUCCAGAUGGACUGGCUGUUUCUUGUAGAAACACACAAAAGUUAUUGGUAUGUAAAUAUUCUUUUUAUUAUUUUCCCCUUCCUACUUCAAAGAAAAAAAAAGGGUUGUAAAUACCAGUUCUCUUUUCCGCCUCGCCCCAGUUUAUAAUUUCCUUCAAUGCAAAGUUUGCUUUAUUAUCCCUGGGAUGAAAACAGAAAGCCCUGUAUGGAUGGGCACUGGAGAAAAUACAGUUUGUUGAGUUGCUUUUUUCAUAUGGGAGUCGGUUCUGAAAGAUGGGAAAACAGAAAUCUGGCUUGUGGAUAGGGAGCCAAUCUUGCCCCAGCUUUUGUGGUGUCAUUUGCAAGUCCCAGCUGCCGCUAGUUGGGCUUGUGGCUUUGUUUUCGAAAGGUGACUGCUUUCGCUGGUGGAGUUUGUCAGUGGCGGGACUGUCUAUGAGCUGUUUUGCCUUCAACUCUGUGCUGUGAUUGAGACUUUGUGUUCCCAUCGCAGUUACAUUUCUGUUCAUGUUGGUGAGCUUUGGGCCCUUUUGUCUCAAAGUGUAAAUUGUUGCAUCUGCCUUUCCGAGGUUUGGAUUAUCCGCCCCUACAGUUCCACCCCCAAACUCUCUUCUCAUUUUAGUUUUGCAUUCACCCUUUCAAGGUUCAGGUUAUCCAUGUAUCCGCAAAUUCUCUUCUGUCAUCCACAGGGCCGAGCGAGAUGUCAGUGCAUUGCCCCUCCUAUCCGGGACUGCAAGGUGUAAAGCCAGAGCUCAGCCAAAUUGUAACCCUUUGCGCUGUUCUCCUUUGCCAGUGAAGUAUCUGCUUUUCCAAAGUGGCUAGUGACUUCCGGGGUGGCUGGCUUGGUCGCACACGACUAGCUGGUGCCCAAGGGGCAGAUGGUGAGUGUUUCCCGAAAGUGUCAGAGUGGGCAUCCCAGAAAUAGCAGUGACUGAAGAAUCGAGGCUCCUCCUCCCUCCAGACUGCUUACAAAGCUUUGUCUUUAGCUCAAACCUUUCUCCCGAUGACAUCAGCAGGCCUUAGCAUCUUGUGAGAGAGGCAGUUGGAAACCUUCCUGGCUCGGAUUGGAAACUGCUUUGCCUCUACCCGUCCAUCGCUGUGCUGCGAAAUCACAGUGCUCAGUUUGGCAGGGCUGCCCCUGUGCCUUCUUUAGGGGAAGGGCUCAUCUGAGAUGAGUAUUGGGAGAAUCUUGGGGAAAAUCCAAAGUGGCUCCGCUGAAUUCCGCAGGCGCUGGCCAAAUUCUGCUCCCCUUACACCGGUCGGAGCCUGGAGAGAUGCCGUUAGUCACUCCACGCUUGCACACUGCUGGGGUCGGUGGAACUGAUUGCAGAUUCACACUGGCAUCAACAGGCUCACUUUGGAUUUAGCACUGGAGCAGAAUCUGCCCCUUCCCGUACACAUUGUGACCCCUUUAUUUCUCGCUGAAUCGUGACUCUGUGUUUCUUGUCCAAAUCCACCCUGAGCACACAAAGACCCCAAAACCUGCCAUUCCGCCUGUGCUCGCUAUAUAGAACACACCAGCCACGGGCUAUAGACUCAACCCUCUUAACCCACUCAGCAGAAGCAGUGCAGUUUCCAGUGUGUAUUUUUUAAUUCAGCUUUAAUACAGCGCUUAACUCCACCUCCUCCCCCAAGAUUGUCUUGGAGAUGUAUUUCCCUUGGGGUUAGGCGCAUAGGAGACUAGGCCUGUUUUUAAAAAUUGCACUCGAGCUGCAAUGAAAUCCUGUCUCUUCUGAUGGGACUCUAAGCCAGAAAGCAAUCUCUCUGGCACCUGCCAUACAGCUUUGAAUUCCCCCAAGUUGAAGCUGGUUUACUGAUUUCACACCAUCCAGUUCCUUGUUUUUUUUAAUCACUUCUUUCUGCGAUUUGUUGGUGACUUGCCUCAUUUUCUCAGCGUUGAUUUGGAUCGCUGGGCUCACUUCUGGCUUUUAGUGCCGGUGCAAUGUGUUUGCCAUUUCAGCUCCACACGUGUGGGGGGGUGGAAGCCCCUCCUAUCAGCUCAGGAAGCAAGAUUUCAGCCCCACCCUCUGGAAUACACAUACUCCUCAGGGCUUUUAAGCUAGUCUCUCCAACUUUCCAAAGAUCGCAUGGUCCCUUAGACUCAGUGGGAUUUAAAGAGACCGGCUCAGAGCCUGUCAGCUCCCUAACUCCAUUGACUUUGGUGGGUGUGGCCACAACUCCUGUUUCUUGUUGGAUCUCCUCAUUCCCUGCAUCUUUCCAAAGCAGACUAGGAGACGGAGCUUCAGUGGUAAAUAGGAGUCCGGUUUUCACGUUCCCCUGGUUGGGUCGUCACACUGAUGAGGAUUAGGUGUGUGAAACAUCACAGCUUUGCCUUUUGCUCCAGAAGGGAGAAAAUCCAUUUCAAACCCACUUGCUAUGGGGAAUAUCUGUCCUUGUAGCUCCCAUUCCGACUUUCGCCAGGCAUGAAUCACCAGGCCCAUCUGAUUGGUUUGUUUAGUCAGCGCCUCUUCUUGAACUAAUUCCAAAGCCACAAACUUCCCCAAAGCCCCCAGACGCUCCCUUGAAUGGAAAGCAAUUCUAGCUCCUCUGAUGGACUUUGAUUUAGGAGUCAUCCAGACCUGUGUCUUGUCCACAUCCUAAUGCACCAGACAGACGUCUGCUUGUUUGAACUGGGCAGCCUUGCAUUCACAUUAAGUAGGUCUCUUCACCGGGCAGCUUUCCUCUAAGAUUUCUGUCCCUUCUUUGGGUGUUUGGAUUUCUUGGCUGGGGGACGGUUCAGAAUCUCUCUUCUCCCAUCUCACCGAACCGUUGCUUUCAUGAAAGUAACCCCAGAAGUGGGGCACAGAGAAUAGCCAAAACCAGACCUGGGUGCAAAGCAAAUUCCAACAAUCUGUCAAACGUGUUUCUGAGCCGAGAGAAACCAGGUCAGAAACGCCAGUGGGAGAAAAGAUCACCCCACGAAUCCAUGUUGGCCAGCUCCCCUCAGAACCGACUCCUGGAACUCAAGGGGAGGUCAAAAAACACCCUCCAGUUCUCCCUCUUUGUGCAUGUUGUCAAA